AUGCCGAAGAUCAAGCUCCCGCGGAAGAUCCGCGACCUCGAGAAGGAGGCGAACGCCGGGUCUGGAGAUGCGGCGUGGGAUCUUUACGUGCACUACCGCAACGGGACCGGCGGCGUGGAGAAAAACGACGAGCUCGAACGUCACUGGCUCGAGAGGGGCGCGGAGCUGGGGGACCUUGACGCGCAGGAAAUCUUCGGCCUCUCGCAUGCGCAGGCUGGCGACUACGGACCCGCGCGCGAGUGGUUCCUGAAGGCUGCGGCGCAGGGCGCCACCCUCGCCGAGUACAACCUCGGGCUGUUCUACGACUACGGCCUCGGCGUGGAGGAAAACAAGUCGACGGCGGCGGAGUUCUUCUUGAAAGCCGCGAAGAAGGGGCAUGAUCGUGCUCAAUGCGAAUUCGGGUACAUACUCUACUCCGAGCGGAACGAUUAUGAAGGUGCCAUGAAGUGGUAUCAGAAAGCCGCGGCUCAAGGCUACGCGCAAGCAGAGUAUAACAUCGGGAUUCUGUACUUCUACGGCGUAGGCGUGGAGCGAGACGAAGCGAAGGCGCGGGAGUGGUUCGAGAGAGCUGCGGCACGCGGGCUCGAACUUGCGCAGGAGCGAUUGCCAGGAUGGGACACAUCAACCACACCUUAUCCAGAGACGUCAUCGAUGGAUGUGGUUUCUUCAUUCUACAUACGCACGGAGAAGCGUUUGGUCGUUAAAGCAGCAGCGGGCGACGCGCAAGCCAUCAGCUCUCUCAAGCAAUUCCGAGAAGUGAAAAGAAACUCUCUCCUCUAUGUUCUGGAACUCUCCGGGUUGAAUCUGAGCGACGACGUCGUGGAGCACUUCAUAUCUGGACCUCUUGCCGAUCACGAUGCUCGUGAUCCCUACCACCAUAUCGGCCUCUGCUUUCUCCACGGGAGGUGUGGACUAGAGAAGAACCUUCGGAUGGCGAAGGAUACGUUCAAAGCCUCUGUGAUCGAGUUCCCGGACAACCCGGCUGUCGAGGAGGAGCUCGUGAAGCUUCGCGCGUGCGUCACGUGUGGCAAGACCGACGUUCGUUGGGGAUGCAAGCUGUGCCGCGGCGUGCGGUACUGCGACAAGCGGUGCCAGCAGCGCGACUGGAACCGCGGCGAUCCGCCGCACAAAGAGACGUGCGCGCGCGUCGUGCACAUGUUUCCUCCCGGGUUUUUCGCGGCUCUUCGCGAAAAAGUUGCGAAGAAAAACGAAGAAGCGUCUGCCUGA